GGCGACCCAGCCCAGGUCCCAGCCGUCAUUUCCCCUCCGGCCUCUGGAGGCGCUGUUCGGCUGGCGCCCGCUCUCCGCGGCCAAAAUAGGUCUUGCGGGAUGGAAGCUACGGGGCGGGGCCAGACGGAGCCCGGACGGACCCGGAGGAAGAUCCGAGUGUUUGCGGCCGUGCUGCCCCACCCGUGGUCCCGGCGCGAGUAGAGGGGCCUGGCCGGGCUGCUGCGAGGGCCCCAAGAGGUUGAAAGCUAAGCAUGGGGAAGAGCUGCAAGGUGGUCGUGUGUGGCCAGGCUUCUGUGGGCAAAACUUCAAUCCUGGAGCAGCUUCUGUACGGAAACCACGUAGUGGGUUCUGAGAUGAUUGAGACGCAGGAGGACAUCUACGUGGGCUCCAUUGAGACUGACCGGGGCGUGCGGGAGCAGGUGCGUUUCUACGACACCCGGGGGCUCCGAGAUGGGGCUGAGUUGCCCCGGCACUGCUUCUCCUGCACUGAUGGCUAUGUCCUGGUCUACAGCACGGACAGCCGAGAGUCCUUUCAGCGCGUGGAGCUGCUCAAGAAGGAGAUUGACAAAUCCAAAGACAAGAAGGAGGUUACCAUCGUGGUCCUCGGUAACAAGUGUGACCUGCAGGAGCAGCGGCGUGUAGACCCAGAUGUUGCUCAGCACUGGGCCAAGUCGGAGAAGGUGAAGCUUUGGGAGGUGUCGGUGGCUGACCGCCGCUCACUGCUGGAGCCCUUUGUCUACCUGGCCAGCAAGAUGACCCAGCCCCAGAGCAAGUCUGCCUUCCCCCUCAGCCGCAAGAACAAGGGCAGCGGCUCCUUGGAUGGCUGAAGAGCUGCCUUGCCAGCCCUGCAAGAUGGGUUGAGGGGAAAGGGAGGGGGUGUUUUAGGCAAGCUGUCCUUCCCAGUCAAGGGGGGAGCUCCCCACUAGGCCAGGCAGCCGGG